AUGCGGCUAAAUCGGGAAAUCCUCCUCGAAAGUGCUGAGAAGACCUUCGAGGAAGAUGACGCUGUGUUUGAUGAAACUGAAACAGCUUUCGGCAUAGGUGCUGAAACCGUUGUCGGUGACAUUGGGGGAUUUAUGGUGGCAUAUGCUGGGUCGGUUGUUGAAGCGGAUGUCGGGAAGGAGACGGAUGUUGUUGCUGCUGAGACAGUUUCCGAGUGGGAUGUUGAGGUUGCUAUUGCUGAUGCGGCUUUCCCUGAUAAAGCAAUUAACUAUUUGACAUCAUCCCUGUUGGAACUAGAGGAGAACACCUCACCCUGUUGUUUUGUUAUCCAAAUAUCAUUUGGCCCCGUUGUGUACAUAGAUGGAGUAGAUGCUGGACAUGGUGGAAGUGAUGGCGUCCAUGGAUACAUGUAUUCCCUUGAUGCUGCAGUCAAUGACUUGAAAAUUAUUUUUUUGUAUAGAAAUCAUGGGAUCUGUGACAAAAAUCCUUCCGUUGUUGUGCAUAGACCAAUUACAAGAAAGAUUGCUACUCAAAUUUCUAACCAAAACCAACCUUGUCAAGUGGAAACUAAGAAGCCAGUACAGAAUUCAUCAUCGAUUAUGAUUGAAAAAGUAUCAAAUAAGGUCCUUAUAGAUGUAGAUGAAUAUAGAGCAGAUAGUUCCUUCUCCGAUCCAAUGUUUGUGAAGCACACUGAAGCAAUUCUUGAUGAAUUCGAAAUCUUCGAGGAUAUUGACUUAAUGGAAGAGGAAGUUGAGAUGGAGGAUAUUGUUGAAGAACUCAUUCUGGAUAUUGAUAGUUGCGACUCAAAGAACACACUUGCAGUUUUAGAUUAUAUCAAUGAUAUAUAUGCUCACUACAAGAAAACUGAGAAUUCUAGUUGUGUAUCUCCCAACUAUAUGGUUCAGCAAUCCAACAUCAAUGAGAAGAUGAGGGUCAUCCUAGUUGAUUGGUUAAUCGAGGUGCAUGAUAAAUUUGAGCUCAUGGAUGAGACAUUAUUCCUUAUGGUUAACAUUAUAGACAGAUUCUUAGCCCACCAAACUGUGGAACGAAAGAAACUUCAGUUGGUCGGAAUUACAGCCAUGCUUUUAGCAUGCAAGUAUGAGGAAGUUUCAGUACCGGUUGUAGAUGAUCUUAUUCUAAUUUCUGACAAGGCUUAUACAAGGAAGCAAGUUCUUGAUAUGGUAAAUGUUUCACUUCUAAUAAAUAAAUUGCAAUUCAAUAUGUCAGCUCCAACUUCAUAUGUAUUUAUGAAAAGAUUCCUUAAAACGGCUCAGUCUGAUAAGAAGCUUGAGCUUCUCUCCUUUUUCUUGAUCGAGCUAUCCUUGGUUGAUCAUGACAUGCUUAGGUUACCACCAUCUCUGUUAGUUGUUGCAUCCAUCUACACUACUCAAUUUACUCUUAACAGGACUAGACAUUGGAGUAAGACCACAGAGUGGCAUUCAUAUUACUCAGAAGAUCAAUUACAGAUGGUUGCAGGUGGUUCUGGACUCGGAACAGUGAUGGAGUGGAACACAAAGACUCCCUUGUAGUGGGAUUGGGAGAAUUUAGUCAUGUUCAGUGGGAAAGUAAAUGAAAUUCCUAAGGCUUCGCAGCAACCUACUGACUGGGGUGUUGAAGGAGACGGCGGGGGGAAUUGAUAAUGGGUCUUUCUGUUCUCCGCCUGGUGGUGGGAGAGAUGGUGCUAGUGGUGGUGGUCAUUCUGGGUCUGAUUUGGGAAAUAGGUCUUCAUCUAAAA